CCCCUAAUUAUUUGCUGGGUGCCGUGAAGGAAGCCGCUAGUUAUGGGGCUAAUGCCUUAAUGGUUUAUUUGGGUGCUCCACAAAAUAGCGACCGCCGGCCGGUGAGUGAAUUAAAAGUACCUCAAUUUAAGCAAUUUCUGGUUGAAAAUAAGAUAGAUAUUGAUAAUGUGAUAGUGCAUGGACCUUACCAAAUGAAUUUGGCGAGGGAACCCGGCUCUGAUGUUUUCGACUUUUCGGUCGAAUUUUUCCAAAAAGAAAUUGCCAGAAUGGAAGAAAUAGGCUUAAAAACCAUUGUUAUUCAUCCAGGCAGUGCUCUUAGUAGGCCAGUUAAAGAAGCUCUAGAAAACAUAGUUAAGGGAAUUGACUUGAGCCUCAAGGAGAAUUCUACAGUUCGCAUCGCUUUGGAAACCAUGUGUGGUCGGGGCAGUGAAAUUGGAGCAAAUUUUGAACAACUGAAAUAUAUAAUAGAUAGAGUCGAACAAAAAGAGCGAGUAGUUAUUCAUGUUAAUGAUAGUUUACAAGAGUUAGGGACUAAACUUGACCGCCACGAGAACAUUGGCUAUGAAACUCCACGAAAGCGGGAAGAUUUUUCGGAAGAGAUAAGGAAUUUAAAAAGACUAGACUA